CGACAAACACAGCACUGUUCGUGAAUGCAAUGAAUGACAACACAGUGACUGUGAAUGCAUUGAAUACAUGAACGCAAUCACAAUCAGUGGUUGUAUUGGCGAUCAGUGAUCACUGAAUCAGUCACUCAAUCACCACUCAAUCGGACAAUCAUUUACUCCCAACUCAUCCAUCCAUUGAUCGCUUACAUGAAUGUCUACUUAAUUACCAAUUGAUACCAAUAUUAGUGUCAUUUGAAUGGUUUGACAAAUGGAUACCGAAUUAAUACGAGUGAAGGCCGCCUUCAAUGGGCAAAUUAUGGUCAUAUAUAUCAAAGACGAUAUAUAUCUCAACGACUUGUGUAACGAAAUGCGAGACAUUUGUCGGUUUGGUUCCCAACAGAGUUUUACUAUGAAAUGGGUUGACGAAGAA